GGGAGGACGGUGCCCGCCGUCUGCCACCCUUCCCCUUUCUGCUGCCUGUCCGUAGGGCCCCGGGGGAGAGACGGAUGAGGAGAUUCCUCCGAGACGGGUGCACCACGUUACUUCAUGGGAUGGUUGCUCUCCAGGAGCACAAUAUUGAAGAAUGUCUGGAAGUUUCUACUUCGUGAUAGUUGGUCACCAUGAUAAUCCCAUAUUUGAAAUGGAAUUUCUGCCUCCUGGAAAAGUAGAGUCCAAGGAUGAUCAUCGCCAUCUCAACCAGUUCAUUGCCCAUGCUGCUCUUGACCUGGUAGAUGAGAACAUGUGGCUUUCUAACAACAUGUAUCUGAAGACUGUGGACAAGUUUAACGAAUGGUUUGUUUCUGCUUUUGUCACAGCUGGACAUAUGAGAUUUAUAAUGCUUCAUGAUGUGAGGCAAGAAGACGGAAUUAAGAACUUCUUUAAUGAUGUGUAUGACUUGUACAUAAAGUUUGCAAUGAAUCCAUUUUAUGAACUCAAUUCUCCUAUUCGAUCCAGUGCCUUUGAAAGGAAAGUACAGUUCCUUGGGAAGAAACACCUUUUAAGCUGAAUAAUUAACUUUCCUGCGGGAGUCGUUUUUCCACACUUCCCUGAUUAUUUGAACUGUAGUUCUUCUGGUUAGUUCUCAGCAUGUUUGAUAUUUAUCUUUCUGAAGAUUGGCAAAUUGGAUGCUGAAGCAGCUUUUUUUUUUUUUUUCCAAUACAGUAAGAACAGCCAGGCUUCUCUAGUUAAAACGUAUAUUUUAUGAAGUUUCCUUUUGUGAAAACUAAGUUUAAAAAUGUCAGCGGCUGAAUAGCUACAAACUGAGACACAUGGGUGUCAACGUGUCUGCAAAAUCUAAACCUCCUCUACAGGGUGUCUUUUGUUACACAAGACAUUUCCAGUCAUGUGACUUAGUAUGAGCAAAAGAGAAUUCUUGAUUGUUUGGCCUGAGUGGUUAAUUUUGUUAUAAACUCUUCUACUUACAGUCCUUUGAUAGAGAACUUACUGUGCAGACUAACCAGACUAACUUUACUCUUCGAGGUAUUAAAUCAGGUCCAUAUUAAUAUUGUAGUAUGUAAUGUAUGUAUUAUAAAAUGCUAAAUAAAAAGAAAAGAAGAUACAUCAGCAAAGCUUUGUCUUCAAUAUUUCAGGAAGUUUUGAGAAAAAAAACCUUAGUUUUUAAGAGCAAAAUUGCAAAGUUAACAGAUAUUUAGUGCAAUACAUGUUUAGCUGCAGUGUUGCAUCAAUGAAAUAAAUUAAUAAAGUAUAUCAGAACAGCUGCGUCUGCCCUGACUUUGAUUCUAAUUAACACAUGGGGAGAAAAAAAGAAAUUAAAUUUACAUGUUUAAACCCACUUCUUUCCAUUAUCUCUGCAAGUGCUGAAGUUUUCUUUUUGAAAAUAUAUUUAGACUAAGAUCUUUGAACCAUGAAACUCUUGUUUGUUCGUCGAGGUUUUAGAAAUGCAUUAUUUGGCCUGUCUGGCUACUAUUCCGUUGUAAAAUGUGGCUAGGGACCCUUUUGCAAAACUUACCAUCAUUCCAAAAUAGAAAUUUUUAAAUAGGUCAUUUGGUGUGUAUAUAUAUAUACCUAAUAUUUUGGUUGGUUUCACAGUCUUUUUAGUAGUCUGUUUCCUUUUGCAGCAAAUCUGUAUACGCUGUCGUCUUGGACUUUUUUUAAAAAAGUGUCUGAAAAGUAAUUUCCAAAGGAAGAGGCGUGCUGCUCUACGAGGUACAUUUUGCACAGUCUGUAUAAAUAAGGGGACCACAUGCGUAUGUACUUUAAAUGUAUAGUCAGUCAUUAUGUCUUUGUAAUUUAUGCUUACUGCUGAACUGUCACUGUAAAAUAUUCCACGAGAAAGAGAACGUGAUAUAAAAGUUGCAAUAUUUACCUUCAAUAAAACACAGAAUUAUGCAGUA